GCGCUCCGUGCAUCUGCUCCUUGUCGGCUGGCUGUGGUGGGAUUAAUCGGUUCGUUUUAGCAGAGGAAGGUCUGAUUAGAAGAAGUUUCAGUGAAGAUGAAGGUGCUCUUGUUCUCUGACAGCUCCGGAUUCAGCUCCCCUCUGCUUGGCUUUAGUCUUUAUUUUAUAACUUUUUAUGUUAACGAGUUGGAACCAGCUCAGUUCAAAGUGCUUGGCCCGGACCAGCCGGUCACAGCCGUCGUGGAUGGAGAGAUCGUGUUACUCUGUCACCUGAACCCCCGGAAGAACGCUGAGAACAUGGAGGUGACGUGGUUCCGGUCCCAGCUCUCCCCAUUCGUGCAUCGCUAUAGUGCUGGGAAGGACGAGUACGGGCAGCAGAUGCCAGAGUACCAGGGGAGGACAGAACUCCUGAGGGACGGUCUCCCCAGUGGGAGUGUUGCCUUGAGAAUUUCCCGCGUCAGACUCUCUGACGAAGGGCAGUACAGCUGUUUUGUUCAGGAUGGCAGCAACUAUGAGGAGGCCCUGCUCGAACUAAAGGUGGCAGCUUCAGGCUCUGCUCCUCACAUCUCAGUGGAGGAUUACCAGGACGGAGGGAUCCGGGUGGUGUGCCGAUCAGCCAGGUGGUACCCAGAGCCCGAGGUGCUGUGGAGAGAUCACCGGGGACAGCCCUUGCCUUCAUUCUCUCCAACAAAAACCCAAGUAGCCAGUCACCUGUAUGAAAUACAAACUUCCAUCAUCAUAACCGAAGAUUCAAAUCCAAACUUCUCUUGCUUGGUCAGGAACACCCGCCUCAGCCAAGAAAAGGAAUCAACAUUAUUUUAUAUCUCAGAGCCGUUUUUCCCCAGGGUGAAUCCCUGGAUCGUGGUGACGUGUGUAGUCCUGGUGGCGUUGGCUGGUUCUUUUGGCCUCAGUGCUUAUUUCUUCAAAAUCAAAGAGAAACAAGCUGUGGAACUUCAGAGACAAGCAGCAGAACUUCGGUGGAGAAGAUUGGUGGUACCUAUUGAAGAAGCAAAGGUGACUCUGGAUCCAAACACGGCUCAUCGCAACCUCAUCCUGUCUCAGGAUGGGAAACAUGUGAGUUGGGCAGGCACCCGGCAGGAUCUGCCCGACAACCCGGAGCGAUUUGACACUGAUCUCUCUGUGCUGUGUUGCGAGGGCUUUGCCUCGGGAACACAUUGCUGGGAGGUGGAGGCAAAAGUGGGGGAUGGGAUAUACUGGGCUGUGGGGGUGGCCAGAGAGUCUGUGGGCAGGAAGGGAAAGAUGAGCCACAAACCUGAGGAGGGGAUCUGGGCCGUGAAAUGGUGGGGGGAUCACAUCAAGGUUCUCACCUCCCCUGAGACCCUCCUGCCCCUGAAGCAGGCUCCCAGCAGGAUCCGGGUUUGUCUGGACUGUGACCGGGGGCAGGUGGCAUUUUUUGAUGCGGAUGCCAAGGCCCAGAUCUUCACUUUCCCGCCUGGCUCCAUCCCCGGGGAGAAAAUCCGCCCCUGGCUCUGGGUAGGGUGGCAAGGUAAGCUCAGCCUGGAUCUCUGAGACAUGGGGGUGGGGUAAGGUGGCAAGUAUCCCCCGGAAAGCCCUGGUAGCCUAUCUAGCCUCACCUACUCUAACCAUAGGGCUGUGUCUAGACUGGCCAGUUUUUCCGGAAAAUCAGCCGCUUUUCUGGAAAAACUUGCCAGCUGUCUACA